AGCGACCAGAAACAGCCAGCCCACAUGCUGCGCACAGUCCUCUCCCUCCUCCUCCUCCUCCACGUGGUGGGGGCCGGAUUCCUCAGCGUGAACAUGACUCAGGCGACCGAGUGUGGCACCUCUCUCGUCCAGUGGUCCGGAGACGACGGGCCAUAUCACCUCCUGCUCACACCCACCAAGAUCGUGCAACAUGGCUACAAUGUCUGGGUAGACUCUAUACCCGCAGGAACAAACGAGUAUUCGCUCUACAUACGACAACCAGCAGGCUUACAGUUCAUACUUACCGUAUGGGGGGCGUCCGGUAUCACCUAUGCUGCGACUACAGAUGUUAUGACUGUCGGCGCACCAGCCACUGGCGCCCAAUCCUGCUUCAUGACCGACGCUCAGAUUCUUUCUCUCUACUCCUUCUCUUUCAAUCUGACAACUGUCGACGGCAGUGACUACCCGCCCCAAUGUUCGAAUAUCUCCGUGUCAUGGCCCACUUCUCUGGAAUCAAACGUCACGUCGGAUGUCGCCAAGCGAACUUCUGUACACGAGGUGGAGGAAGAUAUUGAAAAUAUUGAAAUUGACAUCCACUUGGACGAAUUUGCCGCUUCGUCAAGUGAACAUUCCGGCAACACCACAGCGCCUCCAACACUCUUUGGCGUCAUCCCAUUGGGCAACUCGUUUUCGAUUCCCAUCACAUUCCCCAGAAAUUCUUCCUUUGCAUCACAUCUCCCCGAAUCGUCUCUUUCCGACAGCCCUACCACCUAUACUUCUCAUGGCACGACGCACCUUAACUGGACAGUUGAUAUGGCGAAGGGCACAAGAUUUAUUCUUGUGGCAGGUAUAGGCAGUGCCGAACAGUGGGCCAGUGGAGGGUCAAGUAGGAUGUUUACUGUGGGGCAGGGUACGACAGGCUGUGUGGGGAGUGAGUCUGAUGGCAAUGGGGCACCCAGUGUUACUGGGUCGCGAUCCACGGCAACGGCAACAACGACUCUCCCUGUUGCAGCUGAUGCGGAAUCGAACCCCGUUGUCCGGACAGUUGUAGCGGUCAUCUGCUCCGUCCUCGGCACAUUGGUACUUGUCGGCCUCCUGUUCAUUUGCCGUCGAGCCCGAAAUCGACGACGCGCGCAAGAAACCGCAGUUGCUGCUGGCACUUCUGCUGCUGCAGGCGCAGGCGGAGGUGGUUGGGGCAUGUUUACGAAACGAGGAGGAUCUCCCAAAGCUGUCACUCGCCAUUCUCCUUCGGAAACUCAACUUGAUCUCAUCGCAUCCCGCGACUCGCACCGCGAUCAAUCUCAAGAUAAUCUCUCACGACGAGAUCAACAGCAUGAGCGAGAGAUUGCGCCGCUCGUCAUGAACAACACGCAUAACCAUUCCGUGCCACCUAUGGCGGAUUCGCCGGUGGACAAUAUGGAUCCGUUCAGAGAUAGGGAUUCGGUCAAGCUAGGGUACAUUUACCCGUAUUCAUCUGGAAGCCAAACGAGGUCUACGGGGAGAUCGGAUACAGGUUUUACGUCUUUAGGUGCUGGUACCUCUUUUAAUGGUUUCCAAUCGUCAGUCACCACAACAACCGACAGGCGUGGAGGUGUGAGGGGAGAUUCUACGGCUUCAAUGGAGUUGGGCAGGGAACCAUCACUCGAUGCGCUUCUAACACACUCGAAUGGAGAAUACCAUGACAUGCCUUUUUUCCCUGCUGGUGCUAGCGUGUCCGCACACGAUUAUACUCCGAACCCAACCUACACAACAACGACAUCCAACAUGUCUUAUUACGCGCCUCGAUCAAGAGCGGCUGGCCCUCUUGUAUUGCAUGACCCAACAUCGAGGAGUGUGGAUUUGUCUACGGAAGGUGGCGGCAGUGAUGUUGAAGAAGGGGCAAGGGAGUUUGGACAAGGCGAGAGAGGGAGGGCAUCGGAAGGCGUUGCAGAUCUGAAGCGCGAGACGCUUGCCAUAUCUUCACCAUCACCAUCUUCGCCUAACACCAGCCUUACGUCUCCGUCCUCAACCAUGAUGACGAGGUCGUUGCCACCUGGCGCAGCAUCAGGACCGGGGAGGAGAAGACGAACACAGCCGAGAGAGCAGGAAAUGGAGUAUAUGGUACAUCGAGAUGCGGGCCGAGUGCCGGUGGCGCCUAGGACUAGUGCUGGGGUUUUGGAAUUACCACCGCGAUAUGAAGAGGUAAACUGGUCAGAAGAGGAAAGAAGGGAAAGGGAGGAAAGAGAGAGGGAGGGGGAGCAGGAGGAGGGGAGCGGUAGAGAAGAGAGAUGAGGAGGACUUGAAGGAUAUUCUCUUUUCUGUUUGUGUUUCUGAACAAAAGUAAAAGUUGUUUGCCUGCUUGCUUUCAUACUCGAUUUGGUAGACGUUCCGUAGUUCGUUAACUUUUUGGUUUAUUAUGGUUGUUGUACUCUCAUACGCAUUUAUAGAUACAUGUAUCAUGCCA